AAGCAAUUGCCAUUGCAGAUUAGGAUCCCUUGCCUGCAAAUACGCAAUGCUCCGUCGAGAAAUGAGAAGUCAAAAUUUUUCAAUUUUCUGAAGCUUCAGCCUUCAGUCCUCAGAUAGACGAGACGGUGGAGAACCAAGCAAAUCGUGGUUUAAAGUUCAAUCAGAAGCACCGUACAGGGUUUCUUCACAACCACCCAGAUGCUUCAAACCAUUUCAUAUUUCAAAACCCCAAUCUUUGCUAGUCGGGUCUAACCCAGUACUUUUUAAAAACUCCAAUACGAUGACUAUGAACUCGAGCAGUUUCUCAUAUGGGUUUGGUUACAAAACCCUUGGAAGUUUAUCAAUUGGAAAUCAAGGUACAACCCUACAAAAGUGUGGCAACGUGGCAAAACCCAGAUCUUUCUGUAGUGCGUUUCGCCUUAAAAGUGCUCUACAAAAUUACCCAAUGAUGAGAGCUAGGAGUUUCUCGAGUUCGUAUUCUCAGAAAGUUGUUGAAGGUACUAGCAGUGUAAUUAGAGCUGAAAAAACCCUUCCUUGGUUAGCAACAAACAAGGCUAAGGAAGCAAAAAGGUCGGAGAAAAUAAACACAGCCAAGACUAGUCGAUCUUCUUGGGAGAAAUCGGCAGAAAAGUUCCUAAAAAGUGGUGCUUCAACUAUGGGAAGUAGUGAAAGUAGAAUGACGGAAAAUCUGCAAAAGGAUUAUGUGGAAAAAUAUGAACCCCUCGAAGAAGAAGAAGAGGGGGAGGUUGAGGUUGAUGAUCCAAGAUGGGAUAAUAUAAAGAAUAGGGUUAAUAAAAUUGCUUAUGUGAAACGUGGUUCCGAUAGACCAGAGUUCCGAAAGUGGGAUAAGCAAGAAAACUGGGGUAGAAAGACAUGGAAAGAGGCUACCGAAUCGAUGAUACCAAAGAUGACUGGUGAAGGGAUUUAUGGAGUUGGUCCUGUUUUGGCUGCACUAUCGGCUGGAAGACGAGAGCUUUAUGCUUUGUAUGUUCAGGAAGGGUUGGAUUUAAGUGGUAAUAAUAGGAAGAGGAAAGACAAGAAAGGGUUUGAGAGAGUUUUGAGGAUGGCUGAAAAAAUUGGAUUAAGCAAGAAAGAGGUAUCGAAGCAUGACCUCAAUAUGAUCGCUGAUAAUCGGCCUCAUCAAGGUUUGGUGCUAGAUGCUUCUCCAUUAGAGAUGGUGGGUAUAAAGGAAUUGGAUCCUGUGUCCAUUGAGGGGGAUAAGGGUCCACUUUGGGUUGCUUUGGAUGAGGUUACAGAUCCUCAGAAUCUGGGUGCCAUUAUUAGGUCAGCCUACUUCUUUGGAGCUUCAGGUGUGGUGUUGUGUGCAAAAAAUUCAGCCCCAUUGAGUGGUGUUGUGAGCAAAGCAAGUGCAGGAUCAUUAGAGUUGAUGGAGCUUAGGUCUUGCAAGAAUAUGAUGCAGUUCUUAGUAUCUUCCUCUGGAAAUGGUUGGCGGGUUCUUGGAGGUUCGGUUGCUUCAAGAGCUAUCCCUCUGAAUCAAAUUGAGCCUGGUGUGCCCACAGUUCUCGUGUUGGGGAGUGAAGGCACUGGGUUGAGGCCAUUGGUAGAGAGAUCAUGCACUCAGUUGAUCAGAAUCCCAGGAAACAUUCCAGUGGAUUUAAGCACAGGAUUUGGAGAUGUGGAAACUGCGGAAUUGGAUCGCGGAUGCUCAAGCGAUGAGUUCCGGUCCUUUCUGGCUGUGGAGAGCUUGAAUGUCAGUGUUGCAGCAGGUGUGCUUCUUCAUCACUUGACUGGGAGGAACUAUGAAAACAACGCUCACCCAGGAGAUAUGCAAACUGAUGUACUUGAUUGAGAUUUCAGAGGUGUUUUUUUUCUUCUUCUUGAAUUUGUCACGUCGGUAAAUUUGAUUUUGCAUGAUUGAUGAUAAUCCAUUAUCCUUUUUAAUUAGUGUUCAAUUUUUUA